AUGGCCAGUCCCGAACUUACCGACCUCAUUACCCUGCUGAAGUCCAGGCCCGUGGUGGAAAAUCCACCGGUGGCCGACAUGCGAAAGGGCUUCGACGUUCUGGCGUCCAAAUUCCCCCUCACACCGGAAUUCACCUUCACCCGCAUCGACGCUGGCGGUGUGCCGGCCGCCUGGGUUGAAGCCCCCGGCGCCGACUCUGGGCGCACCCUGCUGUACCUGCACGGCGGCGGGUAUGUCAUCGGCUCCAUCGACACGCACCGCGAAUUGGCCGGUCGGCUGUCGCAGGCCGCCGCGGCGCGCGUGCUCAUCAUUGACUACCGACUCGCGCCCGAGUACCCGUACCCCGCUGCGGUCGAGGACGCGGCUGCAGCCUACCGCUGGAUGUUGGCCAACGGUGCCGAUCCGGCCCGUGCGGUCAUUGCCGGCGAUUCGGCGGGCGGCGGCCUGACGGUGGCCACCAUGCUUGCCCUGCGCGAAUCGGGCGAUCCGCUGCCGGCCGCCGGCGUGUGCUUGUCCCCAUGGGUGGACAUGGAAGGCAUCGGCGAUUCCAUGACCGGCAAGGCGGACGUUGAUCCCAUGGUGCGGCAUGAGGGACUGGUGCGCAUGGCGAGCCUUUACCUGAACGGCGCCGACCCGCGCACGCCGUUGGCGGCGCCCCUUUACGCCGACUUGAGCGGUCUGCCGCCAUUGCUGAUUCACGUCGGCACCGCCGAAACGCUGCUGGAUGACGCCGUCCGCCUCGCCGACCGCGCCAAAGCGGCCGGCGUGGACGUCACCUUCGAGUCAUGGGACGACAUGAUUCACGUCUGGCAUAUCUUCGCGCCGCUGCUCCCCGAAGGGCAGCAGGCCAUCGAGCGGGUGGGCGCGUACGUGCGCCAGCGGGCGGCGUAG